AUGACGUCAUUGCAGGGUGCACCUGGUGAUCAUGGAGCGCUGGGUCCCAUGGGAGAGGAGGGGAAGAGGGGAGAACGGGGUGACGCCGGGACUUCAGGCGCCGCUGGACCCAAUGGAGAGAGAGGUGCUCCUGGCAGUAGAGGUUUUCCUGGUCAGGAUGGGCUACCUGGUCAAAAGGGUGCCCAAGGUGAGCGAGGACUGGGUGGGUCAUCUGGUGCCAAAGGUGCCGAUGGUGACCCAGGACGCACUGGAGAGCCAGGUCUUCCAGGGGCACGGGGUCUGUCGGGUCUUCUCGGCUCCCAGGGUCCUGAGGGACACCAAGGACCAAUGGGAGGAGGAGGAGAGGAUGGGGGUCCAGGGCCAGCAGGGUCAGAUGGUACCAGAGGUCCAGCUGGAACCAUGGGUGUAGUAGGACCAAAAGGCUUUACUGGAGACCCUGGUAAGGCAGGAGAAGUGGGGACCCCAGGUGUUGCAGGACAGAGGGGGGUUAAUGGGAAAACUGGAGAGAUGGGCGCUGGUGGCACUGCUGGUCCAGCAGGAGUUGCAGGGAAGAGAGGAGAACAAGGACCUCCUGGUAUGAAUGGCUUCCAGGGUCUACCUGGAUCUGCUGGUCCACCUGGAGAGUCUGGGAAACCAGGUGCUGAGGGUAUCGCUGGAGAGGGAGGGGCUGCUGGUCUCACAGGGCCAAGGGGUGAGCGUGGCAUCCCAGGAGAGAGAGGUGAUGUGGGAACUAACGGACUACCGGGGCCCAAAGGUAUUUCAGGGGGGCCAGGACCAGAGGGAUCAAAGGGUGGGUCUGGAACUAAAGGAACCGUUGGGGACAUAGGAGCUGCAGGCCUGCAGGGGAUGCCAGGGGAGAGGGGUAUCCCUGGUUCUCCUGGUCCUAAAGGAGAUGUGGGUUCAGUUGGUGAGAAAGGAACCGAGGGUACUGCUGGAAACGACGGGCCCGGGGGACUUCCUGGUCCAGUUGGACCAACAGGAGGCAUUGGGCUCAAUGGUGAUAAGGGAGAGGCCGGCCCUAAAGGGCCCCCUGGACGUCGAGGAGCGCGAGCAGUGGCCGGAGCUUCUGGGGAGCCUGGUCCAACCGGUGCAGUAGGAUUCCCUGGGUCUCCUGGUCCUGAUGGGCAACCCGGGGUCAAAGGUGAACCAGGAGAGAGGGGUCAGAAGGGUGAGGCUGGAGCACAGGGACUCCAGGGAACAGCUGGUAAACUUGGUUCCCAGGGUCCUGCUGGUGUGACUGGACUAAAGGGGGCCAGAGGAACACAAGGGGCCGCGGGUGGGUCUGGUUUCCCAGGAUUCCCUGGGGGAGUUGGUCCAGCAGGCUCCGUUGGUGAGGUAGGGGUGCCUGGAGACAUUGGUACCCCAGGGAAGGCAGGUACUCCUGGACUUAGAGGCGAGAAUGGAGGCCCUGGGCGUGUAGGAGAGAGAGGGGCCCCGGGCCCGGCAGGUGCCCCAGGAGACAAGGGAGAGCCUGGAGAGGAUGGACCAGGGGGCCCUAAUGGGCCGGCGGGACCACCAGGCAUCUCAGGACAACGAGGUGUUGUGGGCAUACCUGGAGUCAGAGGAGAGAGCGGGAUGGUUGGGCCCCCCGGUACUGCUGGUGCACCCGGAAAAUCAGGUGCCCCCGGAACUCGGGGAGGCAAGGGUGCUGUCGGUGCAGUCGGGUUACCAGGGGCAACCGGACCAAGAGGGGACCUUGGUCUUACGGGUAAUGCUGGGUCUGAUGGGGUACCUGGCAAGGAUGGACUUAUAGGAGCCAGGGGAGAUAGAGGGAAUCCUGGUGCUGAGGGUCUUGCUGGAACUCCGGGGCUUCAUGGCUCUGUUGGUCCAGUCGGCACCUCUGGUGUCCCUGGGAAGAGAGGAGACAAUGGUGCUAGAGGGCCUCCAGGACCCCAGGGGCAAUCAGGGAUCCGGGGGAAGCUGGGGCCUCAAGGGCCACAGGGAGACAGGGGAGCCAAAGGAGACCAAGGAGAGAGAGGGCAGAAAGGCCACAGAGGCUUCACUGGAUUGCAAGGCUUACCUGGGACAACUGGACAAUCUGGGGAUGUUGGAGCUCGAGGAAUUGUAGGACCUACUGGACAGAGAGGGCCCCCUGGUGUGGUUGGCCCCGCGGGAGGUGAUGGCCAAAUCGGGCUGACCGGGCCCAUGGGCUCCCCUGGAUCAAGAGGAACCAGUGGAGACAUCGGACCUCAGGGGCCUCCUGGGGAUGCUGGUCCCCCUGGUCCCCCAGGGACCCCUGGCCCUCCCACUGCUGGGGCUGAUAUGUUCGGCUUCAGCAGCUCCUUCGACUACGACUACGGCGAGGACCAGGAUGGACCACCUCCACCCCCAGAGUUUAACGGGGAUGAAUCAGCCCCCCCUCAACCCCCUCCAGAGUCCAACUGGAACGACUCCGGCCCCCAUCCCCCUCCAGAGUUCAACGAGGAUGAGGCGCGUCCCAAUAAUGCCUCGACCGUCCUCGGGGCAGACCAGAGCGUCCAGACCACGCUGAAGAGCCUCAGUGGAAACCUGCAGAACAUGAAGUGCCCCGAUGGCAGCCAGGCCAACCCCGCCAAAACCUGCCAAGACAUCAAGCAGUGCCAUUCCCUUAAAAAGACUGGAGACUACUGGCUGGACCCCAACCAGGGCAGUACCAAGGAUGUUAUCAAGGUGUUCUGCAACAUGGAGACUGGUGAGACCUGCAUCUCAGCCCACCCCAUCUCAGCCAGCAUCCCUCGCAAAACAUGGUGGACCAAAUCCACUCCCACUGCCAGCAAACCUGUCUGGUUUGGAGCAAAUAUGAAUGGAGGAACUAAAUUUAGCUACGGCAACAAGGAGGAGCUGCCCAACGCCGUAACCAUUCAGAUUAGGCUGAUCCGCCUGCUUUCUAAGGAGGGUGUCCAGAAUGUCACCUACCACUGCAAGAACAGCGUGGCCGUGAAUGACGGAGCCACAGGCAACCUGAAGAAGGCUCUGAUCCUCAAGGGCUCCAACGGACAGGAGGUCAAGGUUCAGGGCAACUCCCGCCUCAGAUACACUGUCCUGGAGGAUGGCUGCUCUAAAUCGAAUGGAGACUGGGGCAAGACUGUGAUUGAGUACAGAACUCAGACGCCAGCCAGACUACCUAUCGUAGACUUGGCCCCCAUGGACAUAGGCAAGGAGGAUCAGGAGUUUGGCCUGGACAUCGGACCUGUGUGUUUCUCCUAAACCCAACACACAUGGAUGGAUGGAUUGAUUUAUUUAACCCUAUGAGGAGUGAUUUUUUAGAACGCCAUCCUCCAUUCUGUUUAAAGAGGCAAUCUGGAUUUCAAACAAGAAAAAAACACUCACUUUUUAGUUACAUUCUUCAAGAAUCAAUGGCUAUAUAUCACUCAUUUAAAAGAUUGCCCCUUGAAGAAUUAGGUUUCAGUUCAAUAACUAAUACUGAACAACAACCCCUUGUGAUGUCAUCAAUUAGAAUCGGUUGGAAUGUUGUCGUCCAUUCUCCUCCAAAGGGUUAAACAUUCCCAAGACUCUUGGACUACCUGCUGAAGCGAUCAGCUUUGUACAUAAAGGCAGGGCGGAGAAACGACAGUACAGUAUAUGUCCUGCCUGCUACUAAAAUAUUUAUUGCUUCUUUCCAAGAAACAACUAAAGUUGUUAGUGCAAUGGUACUGGUAGUAAUUACUAUUGAAGAAUGCAGGUGUAUUGUAUUAAGAAGAUUGUGUCAUGAUGGAGUUUCAGGGCCUGAAGGUUUCAGCUUGUUAAAAACAUGACAAUUUAUGGAACUUAAGUGUCAGUGUCGUAUGACGUUCCAUCAUACAUUUCUUUACCAGUUUCUCAGUGAAUGCCACUAAAUAGAUAUACUGUCACUUGAUGUAGAGACAAAACAACAACAAUUGUAUUCCUUUUUCUAAUGUAAAUGCAACAUAAGAAUGUCAAUUGCUCGUCACACGUUUAUUAUUCCUGUUUAUUAUUGAUAUGAUGAUAUUUUCUUCUGUCGACUGAUGGUGUUACACCCAAUAAAAUGAAUCUCAUGCCCUG